AUGCUGAUAAUCGGCCUCACCGGCUCAAUCGCAACAGGAAAAUCAACUGUAUCCUCCCUCCUCUCCUCCCCGCCAUACUCCCUCCCCAUCAUCGACGCAGACCUCAUCGCCCGUCAAGUCGUCGAACCGGGCAAACCCGCUUACAGAGCAAUAGUCAAUUACUUCGGACCAAGCACACCAGACCUCCUCCUCCCAGGACCAUCCUUAUCGUCUUCUUCAUCCUCAGAUCUCAAUGACAAUUCUACAUCCACGUCCGCAUCCACAUCAGAAAACAGACCCCUCAAUCGCCCCGCAUUGGGUAGGAGAGUCUUCGGAGACACGCCCGAACGCAAACGGGACCGAAUGAUUCUCAACAAGAUAGUGCAUCCCGCCGUACGACGCGAAGUCUACAAGGCGCUAGUGAAGAAUUACCUCCGUGGGUCGUGGGCCGUGGUUCUCGAUGUCCCUCUCCUCUUCGAAAGCGGUAUGGAUAUCAUCUGCGGGACCGUCAUGGUCGUCAGCGUCAGCGAUCCGAAGACCCAGAUGGAGCGGCUGAGGGCGCGCGAUCCGCAUCUCUCCGCUGAAGAUGCGGCAAACCGCGUCCGGAGCCAGGGGGAUGUCAAGGGGAAGGUGGCCAAGGCUGAGUUCCGAGGUGCGUGGAAGGCGAGGGGCGUUAUUGUCGUUAAUGAUGGUGAUAAGGAUCAGUUACGAGGGGAGGUCUCGAGGACUAUGAGGAUUGUCUCAGGGAGUAGUCCCAGAUGGUGGUCAUGGAUACUUUUGUCGCUGCCGCCGUUGGCAGUGGGAGUUGCGUUGUGGAAUAUGCUGGUAAAUUUCCAGCUGAGGAAGGGUUGGGAGCGGAAAGAAAGACAGGAGAAGGCCAAUUCAUGA